ACACUUUCAGGUCCUGCACAAGACCCCUGGACAUCGGUUUGCUUUUCUCUGAGCCAUUCACAAACUAGUUCCUCGUUCCUGGGACCGUCCCUAGUGUGGAUAAAAGCCAACUUCCCACAGUUUUUGUCGGUCUUUUCAACUUUUCUCUGCUCUCGCUCAACUCCCAGAGGGCCGGGUGGCGCCGGCCAGCCGACGUCCCAGCGGUGGCCUCCCCGCCCAGCCGCUGUGCAGCGGGGCGGGGCCGAACUGGCAGCCAGGAAAUGCCCUGGGGUGUGUGUCACCUGUCCAGGACGACUUGUUGAUUCCCAGGAGCGCCGCCUUUCCGGUCUGGGUCCCCGAGAGGACUGCCUUGCUCACCUGUCCCCUCGGCGCGGCCCCGGGGAGCUCCCGAGAGGCCCCCGGGAUCGCUCGCCCUCCGAACUCCACAGCAAUGAGCAAGUUGGGCAAGUUCUUUAAAGGGGGCGGCUCUUCUAAGAGCCGAGCCGCUCCCAGUCCCCAGGAGGCCCUGGUCCGACUUCGGGAGACUGAGGAGAUGCUGGGCAAGAAACAAGAGUACCUGGAAAAUCGAAUCCAGAGAGAAAUCGCCCUGGCCAAGAAGCACGGCACGCAGAAUAAGCGAGCGGCAUUACAGGCACUAAAGAGAAAGAAGAGGUUCGAGAAACAGCUCACUCAGAUUGAUGGCACACUUUCUACCAUUGAGUUCCAGAGAGAAGCCCUGGAGAACUCACACACCAACACUGAGGUGUUGAGGAACAUGGGCUUUGCAGCAAAAGCGAUGAAAUCUGUUCAUGAAAACAUGGAUCUGAACAAAAUAGAUGAUUUGAUGCAAGAGAUCACAGAGCAACAGGAUAUCGCCCAAGAAAUCUCAGAAGCAUUUUCUCAACGGGUUGGCUUUGGUGAUGACUUUGAUGAGGAUGAGUUGAUGGCAGAACUUGAAGAAUUGGAACAGGAGGAAUUAAAUAAGAAGAUGACAAAUAUCCGCCUUCCAAAUGUGCCUUCCUCUUCUCUCCCAGCACAGCCAAAUAGAAAACCAGGCAUGUCGUCCACUGCACGUCGAUCCCGAGCAGCAUCUUCCCGGAGGGCAGAAGAAGAGGAUGAUGAUAUCAAACAAUUGGCAGCUUGGGCUACCUAAACUAAAAUACAUUUUUGAUACCUAAAUUAAUGAGCUGUAGAUAAAAUAUAAAAAAUGUUUUUGCCAAGUUCAGAAGUUAACAAAGACUCUGCUUUAUAACUAUAUUGAAUGAAUAAUUGUGUUUUAAGCCUCCUAAGUAAAAGUAAAAAAGGAGUCAUGUGUAUACAUAGAAUCAGUGAUGGAGGCCAGGCACGGUAUCUCAUGCCUAUAAUCCCAGCACUUUGGGAGGCUGAGGCAGUUGAGACCAGGAGUUUGAGUCCAGCCUGACCAACAUGAAGAAACCCUGUCUGUACUAAAAAUACAAAAAUUAGCCGGACAUGGUGGCAGGCACCUGUAAUCCCAGCUACUUGGGAGGCUGAGGCAGGAGAAUCUCUUGAGCCCAGGAGAUGGAGGUUGCAGUGAGCCAAGAUCAUGCCACUGCACUCCAGACUGGGCAACAGAGGGAGACUCCGUCUCAAAAACUAAAAAAAAAAAACAUUUAGUAUAGCGGGGGGUGCGGGGAAGAAAUAAUGUUAUUUCCUAUGCGAAUGAUGUGUAUCCCUGUACCCAUGGUAAAUGUAAAUAUACUGUGUCUCUUUUGGGAGCGCCUUUUAGUAGAGGAGUCUUAUAUGAGUCUCUACAUAAGUAGUUUCACUUGAGUUUUGCGGUUUGAACUCUUAAAGGAGCUUUAAUUGACAUUUAUUAUACCAAUUAAGCUUGGAAUGGGGCAAUGGAUGCAUUUCCCAAAACGUGUGAAAGCACUAACAGCUUACAUUGCUGAAUGAGAAUCUCCUGGGUGUAAUUUAGCCACUUAGGGAACUGCGUGAACACUCCCAGGCCAUUAUGAUGCUGUUACAGCUUCAGUGUAUAAAUGCAUGAGUAUUCUUUCUGUUCUGUUUUGUGCUCUCUUGUACAUUUAUUUACCCUUUACAGAAUAUUUCUUGUAAAUACAUAAAAAUAUUGGCAAUUAAAAGUACAUCUUGAAUAAAA